UGCGGGGGGAUGACUGCAUGAAAAGGAAAAAAAAAACAAAAAAAACAAUCAUGACUCCUGUAAUUCAUCCUACGUCUUUAUUAUAGCCUAAAUCAUAAUGGUUGGUCUGUACACAGCAUGCCGCAAUAAAUGACGAGCCUCCCCAAUAAGUUUAAGCUGGCUUGAGAGAGAUGUCAUCUCCGGGAAUGGGCACCCCCAGUGACCCCCUUUUGGCCAGUCCAGGAGGGAGGUUAUCUACAGCUCAGGAAGGUCUCUGGAGGAGCUCACUCCCCAAAACCACCAGCUUCCCAACGUCCACCACUCGGCACCUCAGUCACCGCGCCAACAACUUCCAAAGACAGCCAAAGCGCCGGAAGCUGAUAAGACCUUCACCACCACCGCCGCCCAACACACCCUGUCCCCUGGACCAGCUGGACCUCAGUGAGCUUCCCCCAAGGCGUACCUUCCAAGAGCUGCUCUUCAAUGGCUGCAUCCUGUUUGGUAUUGAAUUUAGCUAUGCCAUGGAAACAGCUUAUGUGACUCCUGUGCUUCUACAGAUGGGCUUGCCUGAUCAAUUCUACAGCUUGGUGUGGUUUAUUAGCCCCAUACUGGGAUUCCUCGUUCAGCCCCUCCUCGGAGCGUGGAGUGAUCGUUGUACAUCCCGGUUUGGACGAAGGAGACCCUUUAUAUUUGCCUUGGCUGUAGGGGCUCUGUUCGGUCUAACCCUGGUACUGAACGGGCGGGACAUUGGAGGUGCACUGGCUGACACUGCCUCAAAUCACAAGUGGGGAAUUAUCCUGACGGUGUGUGGUGUGGUUCUGAUGGACUUCAGUGCUGAUUCAGCCGACAACCCAAGCCAUGCCUACAUGAUGGAUGUGUGCAGCCCAGAGGACCAGGAUCGAGGGCUGAAUAUCCAUGCACUACUGGCAGGACUAGGUGGUGGAUUUGGCUACAUUGUGGGCGGCAUCAACUGGGACAAGACACAAUUUGGAAGGUCAAUGGGAGGUCAACUGCGGGUCAUAUACCUGUUCACAAGUAUCACUUUGGUGUUCGCCACAGCCAUGACUCUGAUGAGUAUCCCCGAACGGCGCCUACCAAAGAACAAAAACUCAAGCAAAGCUCAUCUAAAAAGCCCCAGCCUCCCUCUUCCUCUCUCCCCCCCUGUUGCGCAAGGAUCAUCUUUGGGACUGGAUGAGGAAGAUGAGGAAGGUUCUUACAGCUACAAUUACUCCAAGUCUCACCCAUAUAACUCUGACCCUCUUGCCCAUUCUUGCAGUGCCAAUGCACGUCUCUGCGCUGGCCUCACUAGCCCCAUAUCACCCAUGAGCCCCCUCACUCCAAAGUAUGGCAGCUUUAUUAGUAGGGACAGCUCGCUCACUGGCAUCAAUGACUUUGCGUCUUCAUUAGGAACCUCCUAUAUAGACAGUGUGCUCAUAAACUGCUACACAGGCCAGCAGACACCACAGGCCCUGGCCUCUAGUUCCACCACUGCGCCCCUGCCUCCAGGGGACUCCCCUCCUCCUGACGAGUCCACACAGGGAGCAGGGAGCCAUCCUGCAGGACAGACCCAGGCUGAUGUGGUGUCUCAUCCAGCUGGGGAAACUCAGGAUCCAGAAGCGCCACGGCCUGAGGAAGAUGCACAAUCUCAGGUCACAGCUGGGGCUCAGCCUGGUGCAGGGUCACACCGAGGCUCUUCUGCUGGUAUCCUGAAGCGACCCCAGAGUCUUGCACUAAUGGAGGAGCCCAUGGCAACCCAGAUUGUUGAGCUGGAGAAUGGACGCAGGAGAACAGUGACCUUCAGCCAGCAGGUUGCAAACAUUUUGCUGAAUGGGGUGCGCUAUGAGAGUGAUCUGAGUGAGAAUGUGGAGACAGGAGAAUCGCAAAUGUCAAUGAAGCUGCUGUGUAUAGCCAUCUACAGGAUGCCUCCCUCUCUGCGGAGUUUGUGCACUAAUCAUUUCCUGGGCUGGCUGUCCUUUGAAGGCAUGCUGCUCUUCUACACUGACUUCAUGGGGGAGUUUGUGUUUGAAGGAGACCCCAAGGCACCCCAUGACUCUGAGGCUUACCAACGGUACAAUGCUGGUGUUAGCAUGGGCUGCUGGGGAAUGUGCAUCUAUGCAUUCAGUGCUGCUUUCUACUCAGCCAUAUUGGAGAAACUGGAGGAGCGUUUCUCUCUUCGCACUCUAUAUUUUUUUGCCUACCUGGCGUUCGGUUUGGGCACGGGCCUGGCCACACUGUCCACCAACCUCUACGUGGUACUUUCUCUCUGUGUCACCUAUGGGGUGCUCUUCUCUUCUCUAUGCACACUGCCUUACUCUCUGCUGUGUGAAUACUACCAGAGCCCUCAGUUUUGUGGCUCGUCAGAGGAAGGGACCAGACGCGGGAUGGGGGUGGACAUCUCUCUGCUCAGCUGCCAGUAUUUCCUGGCUCAGAUCCUGGUCUCUGUUGCGAUGGGACCUCUGACCUCACUGGUGGGUGGCGCCCAGGGAGUGAUGUACUUUGCAAGCCUGAUGUCAUUCGUGGGCUGCCUGUACUCCUCUCUCUGCAUGGUGUACCAGCUACCCCCACCUGAGGGUGAGCCCCCCGAUAGCGAGACCCAGCCACUAUUGGUGCACAUUUAGAAAAGCCUCUUAAUUUACUUUUACCUCACACACACUCAACAGACACACGCUCUCACGCAGUCGUUUAGUGUCUGAGUGUGUUGACCUUCACAACACUGAUAGGAUGAACACAUCCUGUCGCACACUGUACAAUUCCAUAUAUUGUUUCACACUUAUCAGCACUACUCUUCUCAGAGCUAGACAGACAGACAGAUAGACAUUGGCCAAUGCUCUAAAAUGUGUACAUGACCAGUGUGUUUAUACAGUGUGUCCAUGCAUUUUCUCCUAACUUUUGCAAACGAAUGUGACCUUGUUGAAUGCAGAGUGUUUUUUGUGUGUGUGUGUGUGAGUGAGACCUUUUUGAGGCUAGAUAAGCCUAAACUGUUCUUCUGUCUGAUUCUUUGCUGUAAAAUCUUGCAUCAUCUUUUUUUUUUCAUCUUGUUGGUGUUUAGUAUAGAAAUAUUGAUCACUACGUACAGGCUAACCACAGCUUUCGCCCUUUUUUUCCCCUUUUAUCCCCCUUUUAUCAGUUGCCUAACGUCUGCAUGAGCUGCAAUGUAAUCUCUCAAAGCCUUGUGUUAAUGUUUUAUUUUGGUCAUACGGCCAAGGUAAUGUCUACCUGCCUGUUUCUCUGAGUUAGCAUAUUAGCAUCACAGUUUAGGCAGGAUUUUUCUGACUAAAUGAAUGUGCUGCCAGUGUCCACUCACACUCACUGUUAAUGCUCCUUCAUUAAUUCAAGAGCUCUUCAAUUUAGCAAACACAUACAAUAGUCACUUGAAACUGAACAAUGUUAAAUCACAGUUACAGUCUUGAAGGGCUUCACAUUGUUCACAUUUUAACAGCAGAUAAAAAACCAAACACUUUCCACACAAAUCAGUCAAUAUAAGACUUACUAGUGUGCUAUCCCCAAUUUUUGGUGCUGGGUGACUCUUAAUCAAGUCCCAAGUAUGAGUAUAAUGCCAAUUAAGGAACUUAAUCAGCAUAGAGUUAUGACAAAUAGGAUGACACACAUACACACGCUCAUUCGCAAACUUUCAAAAACAGAGAAAUGUGUGCUGGUGGUAAAUUCUGUCUGGGCCCUCACUAAGCCAUGGUACAGCCGUGAGCUGUCACCCUACUCCUGGCCAUGCCAUUGUAAUAAUGACAGUGAUUCUUGUCAUUAUCAGGAAGAGGAGAAGUUGAAACUGGGGUGUGAAUCAGCAUUCAGUCGGAAACCGAACAAAACAGAAGAACAGCAAAAAAAGGAGAAGACUCGUGAA